GGGGUAAAUUGAUUCGAGCUGUUUGAACGGUUCCGCAAAGUUUCCGCCGUGUGAGUCCAACGAUCAGAGCUGCGCGUGUGGUUCCCAGAUGCGAAAUCCAGGAAACACCUGAUCGCGUCACAUGCCAACUGCCCAACUCUCAUCAUGGCGGACACCGACACCUGUGGCUUCAAUUAUCGCCUUUGCGGGUUAUCGGGCCUUCGGUGCAUCGCUUCAGACGCAUGUACAGAAUAGGCAUGUCGCGCAGGGAGCGCAGAGGCGGUCGCAGCGCUAGAGGUGGCAGAGGACGAGGCAAAGGCAAGACGCAGAUAUGGGGGUGGGAAGCAUACACGCCUGGCGCCGAGGUGUACGACCAAUUAUGGCGCGUUCGCAAGGAGCCUGCCACUGUCACCGCACGACUACCUAACGUCUGCCCUAUAUCGAAUGCGCGAACGCGAAUACUGCAUCGCCGACAUACCGAACAUCACUUCAAGCGGGAGCUAUACACUGUAGAGGUCACAUAUACCGGUGGAGCGGGGAGUGCACGGGACGGUGUUGCUCUCACACAGCUUGAGGAUGUGGACCUGCAACGCAUACUGCAGUUCGUUUCUCCAGCUGAACUGGAACGAUAUGAAACAGAACAGUUCAGGCUCGAGGCAGAGGCAGAGAACAUUGCAAUGCGCACCGAGGCCGAAGACCUGGCGCGUCGCCAACUGCAAAAGAAUGCCAAAGCGCCAAACGCCAACAAAGGAAGCCGCAUGCUCAGCGGGCUCGCCUUCGCUGCAGAGCCGACCGCACGUCCAAGAGGUCGACCGAGAGCCAAUCGCGGGAAAUGCAGGGGAAGAUCGAGAGGCCUGGUCGUGAGCUCCCGGCAGCUCAAGAACGACAUGCACGAAGAGCUGGUAGACAGCGAACCUAUGGUGUUCGAUCGUACAACCGAACACAUCGGACAACCCACGCAGACAUCGCCCAACAUCAUACGCUCAGCUUUUGUCGCCAACAGCGCUCUUUCGGUAUUACCAAUACCUGGGAGAGCAUCCAUCUCUGUCCCUCGAUGGGAACUUUCAGAAGUUUCAGAACCAGAACAUGUGCACUAUUUAGCGCUCGGCGACGAUGAUGCAAACUCUACAACCGGUGAUUUACCAGCGGUCGCAAUUGAGGCUGGGAGUGCGGGCAGCAGUAAAGAUCAUCCGUUCUCUAGACCAUCUGGGAUCGACAGCACUCUUCCAUCUCAACUUCACCCUAUCGUAUCCGCUCUUUCACCGUCUGCUGACAGUGUCCACCAAGAAGCUCCAAUCGCAGCUCCAUCUUCCGCGCGAGACUCUAGCUCCCCAGCUACAUUGGGUUCCAGAGCGGUGGACGUCCCUCCGCAGACAGCGUCUUCCUCUGAUCAUUCAUCGCUUGCUGCAUCAGACUAAGACGACACAAUACCCCCACAACUACCUUUGCCGUAAUACAAAUCGG